UAACCUCAAAUUAAACGAACAAAUGAUGUUUACAUGAACAUUUUGUUGUUUCUGCUGUUCUAAUUAUCGUUAAACUUGAAUAUCAGAAUGGAAACGAAGCCUCAAAAAAUGCCCAAAGUGGCAAAGGUUAAAAACAAAGCCCCCGCGGAAAUCCAAAUCACCGCCGAGCAGCUCCUCCGCGAGGCGAAAGAACGUGACUUGGAAAUCCUCCCGCCGCCCCCGAAACAAAAAAUCUCCGACCCGGCCGAACUCGCAGACUACCAACUCCGCAGACGCAAACAAUUCGAAGACAACAUCCGCAAAAACCGCACGGUCAUCUCCAACUGGAUCAAAUACGCCCACUGGGAGGAAUCCCAGAAGGAAAUUCAAAGAGCGCGCUCCAUCUACGAACGCGCCUUGGACAUAGACCACAGAAACGUGACAAUAUGGCUGAAAUACACGGAAAUGGAAAUGCGGAACCGGCAGGUGAACCAUGCCCGGAAUUUGUGGGACAGAGCGGUCACGAUUCUUCCGAGAAUAAACCAGUUCUGGUACAAAUACACCUACAUGGAAGAGAUGUUGGAGAAUGUGGCUGGGGCCAGAGCGGUGUUCGAGCGCUGGAUGGAGUGGCAGCCGGAUGAGCAAGCCUGGCAAACUUAUAUUAAUUUCGAGCUGCGGUAUAAAGAGAUUGAUAGAGCCAGGGAGAUUUAUGAGAGGUUCGUGAUUACGCACCCAGAGGUUAAGCACUGGAUUAAGUACGCGAGGUUUGAGGAGAAUCACGGGUUUAUUAAUUCAGCGAGACAGAUUUUUGAAAGAGCUGUGCAUUUUUACGGAGACGAUCACUUGGAUGAGAAGUUGUAUAUAGCGUUUGCGAGGUUUGAGGAGAAUCAGAAGGAGCAUGAUAGAGCGAGGAUUAUUUAUAAGUAUGCUUUGGACCAUAUGCCGAAGGAACAGGCUAAGGAGCUUUACAAAGCUUACACCAUUCAUGAGAAAAAGUAUGGCGAUCGGUCGGGGAUUGAGGAUGUUAUUGUGUCGAAACGUAAGUUCCAGUACGAGCAAGAAAUCCUUGAGAAUCCGACCAAUUACGACGCUUGGUUCGACUAUUUGAGACUCGUGGAGGGGGAAGGUGACGUUGAAAUAACCCGCGAGACUUAUGAAAGAGCGAUUGCGAACGUACCCCCCACCAAAAAUAAACAGUACUGGAGAAGAUACAUUUAUCUGUGGAUAAACUACGCCCUUUUUGAGGAACUAGACGCCAUAGACUAUGAAAGAACGCGUCAAGUCUAUAAAGCCUGUCUAGAUUUGUUGCCACAUAAAGUUUUCACUUUUUCGAAAAUUUGGCUGCUGUUUGCCCAGUUCGAAAUCCGCCAAAAGGACAUAAAAGCCGCUCGAAAAAUCCUAGGGACGGCGAUUGGAAAAUGCCCGAGGGACAAAUUAUUCAGGGGUUACAUUGACAUAGAAAUCCAACUGCGCGAGUUCGAUCGCUGCCGCAUUUUAUACGGGAAGUUUCUGGAGUUUGGGGCUGAAAACUGCGUCACUUGGAUGAAAUUCGCCGAACUUGAAACUCUGUUGGGGGAUGUGGAUAGAGCACGAGCCAUUUAUGAGCUCGCCAUAGGUCAAGCGAGACUCGACAUGCCCGAGUUGCUCUGGAAAGCGUACAUAGAUUUUGAGAUUUCUCAAGAAGAACCUGACAAUGCUCGACAGUUGUAUGAGAGACUGCUGGAAAGAACGUCGCAUGUUAAAGUCUGGUUGUCGUACGCCAAGUUCGAAUUGAACAAUCAGAUUGAAGAUAAUUUAAAUAUUGCGUUGGCGAGACGGGUGUACGAGCGCGCUAAUGACAGUUUGAAGAAUUACGGGGAGAAGGAGUCGAGGGUUUUGCUUUUGGAAAAUUGGCGGGACUUUGAGAAUUCGCACGGGACGGAUAGCACGAAAGAAAAAGUCGAGAGUAAAAUGCCGAAAAGGAUCAAGAAGAGACAGAAGGUUGUGGAUGAGGAGGGGGCUGAGCAAGGGUGGGAAGAAAUUUUCGAUUAUAUAUUUCCGGAGGAUGAGGCUGGGAAACCCAAUCUUAAGUUCCUGGCGGCCGCCAAAAAUUGGAAGAAGCAGAAAGAAACAGAAGCUGAUGAAUAAAGUGUUGUGUUUGUCAAGGAGUUUUGUAUGUUUGGUUAAAUUAAAUAUUUUUUCUUAA